AGCCAGAAAACCGGAAAGGAGAGAAAGGAGAAAGGAAAGAAGGGUAGAAAGACCAUCUUGAAAUGUUGACAAUUUGGACGUGAGAUUCUUUGCGAAGAAAGUCGCCGAGAGUACACAAAAACACCCCAAUAUCGCUUGCUGGACUUCGUGUCGCGCCGCGAACUAUAGCACGUUGAUCCUACGACGGUACUUCUGUUGCAAAGCAAGAGCUCGGCCUAGCGCCCCAGGGAGCCCGAGAUGAGCGUGGACACCGGCGCCUACGACGGGGUCGCCUUGGCACCGUCGAGCGGAUCCAACUUGACCGGUUCGAGGGACGAACGCUCCCGGUGCCGAGACAGGGACCGGCGAAGCGAACGGAGCCGUGGCCGCGAGACAGACUACCACGGCAGCAAUCGUGACCCUGUUCGAGGCGAUCGGAUAAAGCGUGGUGUGGACCGCAGCAUGGACCGUGGACCAGACCGCGGACCGGAUCACCGCGGUGGUGACCGCAGCAGCAACCGAGGCCGCGACUGGGACCGGGACAGGGACUUCCUCGAUGCCUCUCCCAACAACCGGGACAUGGCGGCUGGCGACAUAGACUACCGGGAAUUCAAUGAACCGCCUGACCAGCACCGGCGGCGGGAGGCGCACCACAGCAGCGAGGACGACAGGGACUGCUCGCGGUGGCGGGACCAGGACCAGGACCGCAACUGGGCCCGCGGCGACCAGGACCUCAGUUGGGACCGUUCACUGGAGCUCAACUUGCGAGACCGGGAAGGAGAGAGGGAGGAGAUCCCGAACGACACGAACAUUGUCCGGGGCAUGCCCAUUGAGACCAUCCAGCUGGAGCCCAGAAACGAGGUUAUUCGCUAUGGCCUUGAGCCCAAAGACGACCGUCUGAUGAAGCCCAAGGACACAGGAGCGAGCCAGCCUUGGGGAGGAACGGCCGCAACGGAGCAAGUCCUGAACGACAUGGCGGAACACAGGACUGAGCCACCCCCGGGGGAGAUGUGGUCAAGCGCCAAAGAACCGACACCUCCUUGGAGAAGCCAUUCCACAUGGCGUUACCCAGAAGGCCCACCGGACGGGAAUACGGGUUGGGCCGUUUUCCCAAACACCCAGGCUGGUGAAGCAACGACCGACCAGCCAGGCCCCGAGGAAGGAAGGUGCUGGUUCAGUCAACCAGACCCUCAUGGUGGCCAAUCAUGGGGGCGACAGCACCGGGGAUGGCCGAACGGCAGACGUGGGCAACGCCGUUGGGGCUCUGCAGGCACUGCGAGGCCAACAGCUGUAACGCCUUCAUGGCAAGGGGCAAGCCCGUCUGCAGCAACAUCGCGGCACGGGGCAGGGCCGUCCGCAGCAACAUCGCGGCACGGGACAAACCUGUCUGUUGCAACACAGCGGCGCAAGGUAAACCCGUCCGCGAGGGCACCUCCGCAGAACAAGGCAGCGCCGUCUGGGUCGGGGGGACCUGCCUGGAGUAGGCGCCCCUGCCACACCGUGGCCACGUGGACGGCGUGUGGGGAAGGAGAGGCCAUCCUCUAUGUCUCUCGCCAGCGUUGGAAACAUCAACCAAGGCCAACGCCCGGACAGCCCGACAACGAAGUCCCACACCCGUUCCGUGGUCACACGCUACCGUCGGUGCCACGCGUCUUGGGAGAGCCGGACACUUGCUGGCUAUGCGGGGUCCCAAUCAUCCAUCUAGAAACCCACGAGGCAGGUCAACUCCAUCGCGAUCUGCUGGAGGCACACCCCCUCCCUGGCAACGUGGUGGCAGCGGUGCAGCUCUUGAGAAGAAGCUGCCCGGACCUUCUGGCUCCCGCUGCCGUGGCCCUCGUCCAGCCGGUCCAGCUUCCCACGAACCCUGCCGCCGCUCCAGUUACCGCAGUUGCUGCCGUCAAACCCGCAGCCACAACGGCCCCUACCACAUCGGCCGCUUCCAGCUCUUCCGGCCCAAGUCAUCGGGCCGGUGGCGUCCAGCUGCCCCCUCUGUCCGCCCCGACUUUCGAUGACAUCAUUGACGAGGGGGGCCAGGAGGUACCGCCCAGCUCAGCUACCAAUGACGACAUCAUGGCCGAGGUGGAGGAACCCCUUGGCAAGACCCGUGAGUUGCCGACCAACCGAGGCCCUCCCGAAGACCGGGCCUUGAGGGGGGGGAAGUGUGGGAAGCCGGGGAGGAAGAAGGCGCGGGGGGGACACGCCAUGGGCGGCCGAGUGGUGUUCGAGACCAGCGCGAGCAAGAACGGCCACAACGGAGCAAGCCCUGAACAACUCGGCGAAACACAGGGCCGAGCCACCCCCGGGAAAGACGCAGUCUAGCACCAAAAUAGAGUAAAGUGUUUUCUCACAUCUU